AUGAAUUCCCUCAUUCGGUUUGAUUUUGGUGUGGUUGGAUCAGUCACAAGUCCGCUAGUAGUAAUUCAGACUACCUUAUUUGAAUGUGGAGGAUUAGUCAUUGGUAUAUGCAUCUGCCACGCCAUUGCCGAUGGAUUCAUUAUGGUUAAAUUCAUUACUUCUUGGGCAACUGCAAGCCAAGUAGGGACAAAGGAACUACUCUUACCAUGUUUCAACUUGGCUUCUCUCUUCUCAGCAAAAGUUUUACCCAUGCUCAAGCCCCCGCCUCCACCAAGAGUCUUUGGACUUGAUAAGGUUGUCACAAGGCAAUUCGUGUGCGAUGGGGCUGAAAUAUCAAUCCUGAAAGCCAGAUCCAGUCCUGGGUCUUGUGAUGUAGGAGUCAAGCCAAAACCUUCACUAAAACACAAUUAUUGUGGAUACCUCUACAGAUUGGUUGCAGCAAGAUUUAUGGGGGACAGGAGCAAAAUGGAGUUGCCUGAUUUGGUGGUUUUACUGAGGGAUGCAAUCUAUGUGAAUGCACUAUGUUGCGAGGAUGUGUUCCCCACUGUUGUAAAAUCCUUCAAUAAGGUAAACGAGGAAUCGAAGAAAGAGUAUGUAGAUGUCCACAUGUUUACUAGCUGGUGUAGAUUCCCAACUUACGAAGCUGAUUUUGGUUGGGAAAAGCCCACUUAG